AUGUCUAGGAUCGUGGGUUUGGAGACACUUCGAAAGAUUCCAAUCGUAGAUUUCUCCAAGGAAAAUUUGAAGCCUAGUACAGAUUCUUGGUUCCCAGCAUGCAAUAAUGUCCGGCAUGCACUUGAAGAGUAUGGCUGUUUCAUGGCAGUCUAUGAUCAAGUUCCCUUAGGAGUGUACAACACAGUCUUUGGUGCCAUGAGAGAACUGUUCGAUCUCCCAAUAGAAAUUAAGAAACAAAAUAUUAUUGAUAAGCCUUACCAAGGUUACACUUCGGAAAGCCCUGUUGACCCUCUUCAUCAAGGCAUGGGCAUCGAUAAUGCAAAGGUCAUGUGGCCUGCAGGAAAUGAGCAUUUCUGUGAAAGUGUGCAUUGCUAUUCAAAGCUACUCUCUGAAUUAGAACAGACGGUGAUGAGAAUGAUAGACUCUGUGCGAUUUCAUGGUUUGGUUUCUAGGUGCCAUCUCAGGGAUUUCUACUACUUCUACAGCUCUGCCAAUGUGUAUGCUUCAUUCUCUUUUGGUUCUUCGAAUGUAUGA